CGCGAAAGUCCCCGAGAGGCUACCGGCGUUUUCCGGAAGGAAGAGUGCUGUGCCCUGUGUGCAGUGAGAACCAGGCUGGUGCAUCACACUCAUUCACUGUGACCCUUGUGUCUGUUUCUUGUUGUUUGCUAUGUCUACGCUGUGUUAUAACAGAGGCUGCGGACAACGCUAUGAGCCGGACAGCAACACGGAGGGUUCCUGCACUUAUCACCCUGGUGUUCCAGUGUUUCAUGAUGCUUUAAAGGGCUGGUCGUGUUGUAAAAGGCGAACAACUGAUUUUUCAGAUUUCUUAAGCAUUGUGGGUUGCACAAAGGGGCUGCAUAGUAAUGAAAAACCACCUGAGCCUGUAAAACCAGAAGUCAAAACCACAACAGAGAGAAAAGAACUUGCAGACUUAAAGCCUAAAUUUGACGAGCACAUUAUUCAAGCACCAAAACCAAUAGAGUCCAUAAAGAGACCAAGCUCUGAUGAGCCGAUCACAAAGUUACAGCUGAAGGUAUCUGCGUCUUUGAAACAAGCAUUGGAGAAACUGAAACUUGUUGCAGAAGUUGAACAGAAAGCAGCAGGAUGAAAUAUUGGACAUGUUGCAAGAGGAAAACUUCAGAUUUUAACACAUUUUUGUCUCAAGAAGGUUGUGCAAAGAGUUCACAUUUAUGGAUCAAGAAAGAUGAUGGUAAAAAAGUUGUUCCAUGUAGACAUGACUGGCAUCAGACUGGUGGUGGAGUGACUAUAUCAAUCUAUGCAAAAAACUCAGUCCCAGAGUUAAGCUAUGCAGAAGCCAAUAGUACACGGGUAAACAUUUAUAUAGUAUUUGAUGGUGAAAAGGAGUUUACACAGAAUAUAGAGUUAUGGGGGGUAAUUGAUGUUCAAAAAAGUUAUGUUAAUUUGACGGCAACCAAAGUUGAGAUCUUCAUGAAAAAAGCUGAACCAAUGACCUGGGCAAGGCUUGAACUACCUAAACAAGUUGUAUCACAGUCAAAUCAGAGUUCAAGUGACCAAGAUUAGUUCGUUAGAAUUUAGCAGUUCACGUGUGGUUGGUAGUAGGGAAUUAAAUGGUUUGCAUUCAUUUCAAAGCCAUUGUGCUUAAGUUUAUUGUUCAAUAUACAGCAUUCUGGUUUAUGUUCUAUGCUCAUCCCAAAAAUACUUAGUUAUAUAUGUUGGAUUUUAUGGGUAUGAGACCUAUUCUGAAAACCCAAAUGUUCUUUUUUUUUUUUUUUUUUUUUUAUCAUUGUUCCAAUUAUAACCAGAUAUAACAGCAUAUUUAUGUGACCAGUAUAUAAAUGCCUGAAUUUAUUAUGUUUUCAAAUUUGUUUUUAUUUUUGAGCUGUAUAUAUUUUUAUUUUGCGGGACAAGUGCCUAUAUGAUUUUUAAGAGACAGCAUUUUCUUCAUUCCUUUUCAAGGACAAAGAGACUGAACACAGUUUAAAUUAAUUUAAGAGUUCUAAUUUAUUAUUAGUUGAAGUUUUAUUACAAUAACCUGUACCAAAUACUUCAUUGUAAAAUGAGAUGUGCAUUUGGAUUCUUAUCACCACACUAAGAUCUGGAUUUGCACAUAUCUUCAUGUGGUGAUCUUUAACCAGAAUAAAUCUGGCUCUGAAAAGAGCACGAUUGUCCGCCUACUUCCAUGUUUGAAACCAAAUGCACAUAUCCAGUUAGAAUCAACUGAUCAAAAACUGCUAUAAGAUGAUUUACACUAAAGUUGUCCUGUUUUUGCACAAUUGAUCAUAAGAGAUGCAUCUGUUCAUACAGUAAGCAGUCACCUGAGUAAAACAGGAAAAUUAUUUUUUCCAGCGCAUAAAAUGUUAAGUUUAAAGAAAAUGCAAUGCAUUUUUAUUUUAGAUGCAACAAAUUUGAAAAUGCAAUUCCCCAUAAAGAUAAGCCUCAAUAGUGCUGCUCUUUUGUCCACAUUAAAUCCACUGAAAUGAAACGAAAUGUCCUUAAGUUAUUACCGAGGUAUACUUAAUGAAGUUCAUAAUCUAACUUUGCAUUUAAUAGAGGGACAUUCUUAUCAGUCAGAGCUCUAUCAUAUAAAGCUUGUAUUUUUCCUUUUUGUGUCUGGAGAUGAUAUAUGUAUAAAGUUGUAUGAAAAAGAAACUCUCAUAUAAGAUUUCUGAGAGCCCAGAUUUCAUUACCCUAAAGUCCUGCUUUUUUCCAACUUAAAUAUCACAUUGUUAACGGUAAACUGUCCCAGUCCGCACCUAAACUCUCCCUCUAUUGUUUUAUGACCCAAUUUCCACACACAAAAAAAAAUCCUGUUUCAAAGCAGGUAGCAAAUUCUUUGUGUCUUGUCUGAUAUCAGUUGUUGAAGCUGAAUUUACAUAUUGUAAGUAAUCGGACAGAAUACACAGACACGUGAGUGUACUCGGCUAUUCUACAUUACAACAGGCAGUUGAUCUUCUAAUUUCCUGUACCACCCACUUGUUGUCAGAGAGGAAACGAAAAACCUGUAAAGCUGGGCAAAGCAGGAAUUGUUGAAUAAGCGAUAACAGGAGUCCUAAAACAGUAAAGAGAGUGUUGAGGUCUCAGUCUGACAAAUCGUAACCUUUGAAAAAUGUAUUUGAUGUUGAAGGAAAAAGUAGGACUUUAAGUACCCUGUGGCUAUUGAAGAUGUGUAUAGCUUUUUUUUUUUUUUUCCUUUUCAUUACUACAUAAAAGGCAGGGUUAUUUUAUAUUCAGGUGUCUUAUUUUCAGGUGUGUGUUUUAAUGUACCAAUUAUGAUGACAAUUUUUAAAUACUUAUAAGAAUUUUUGUUCUGAAAUGAUUAAUGUUGAAUAAAGCCAGAAUAGCACAGUUAUGCUCACGAAAAAUAUAAGUUCACAGUUUACAGUAUCUGUAAGCAAAUAAAAGAAUUUUAUUUAAAAAGUCCAACAAUGCUGCUGAUUUUAAAAGCAUACAUUUUACACAUCAAAACACUUUCCAAGUAUUUCAUUUGUAAGUACUGUUGUGUCAUAAAACCAUAUAAGUAAUUUGUUUCUCUUAUUUUGUGCUUUGUUUUUAUAGAAACUAUAAAUAAUGAUAAAUAAGUACUGUAUUUUGAAUCCAAAAUUACAUCUUUAAUCACAUUUACCUGGCUGCAAAUGUACUACAGCAUGUAAUAAAUAUUUUUUUUACACUGUGCUUUCCCUGCUUAUAUUUGCCACAUAGUGGUACCAAAAAAGUUGGAGGUUUUUGUUAGAAAGGUCAGCAUAUACUCAAUGGUCAAGGAAAGAGCUUAUAUCAUACGUUCUAAAAAAUUGAGUGAGGAAUGGACUGAAAUCGAAUUUGCCUAAAAAUGGUUUAAAAUAUCAUGUGUUGAAUUUGUUCUGUAACAGUUAUUCAAUGCUGAGUUAGAUACUAUUCCAGCUGAAAAUGUUAUAUGCCAGGAGAUUGAGAAUCACAUUGCAUGUUUCUACUUUUAUAUGUAAAUAAUAAAUAAGAGAAUGUUGUAUAAAG